GCUGAUGCACCUAUCCGUGUUACUCGACCACCCAACGCCUUCCUACUCUUCAAUAAAGAGAUGCGUAAGCAACUCAAAGACUCGAAUCCGACAAUGAAAGUGGCAGAAAUUAGCAAAGAAAUUGGUGAACGGUGGAAGAAUCUCAGCUUGGACGAGAAAAACCGCUAUGUCGGUCAAGCCAACAGCAUCAAGGAAACGCAACGGGCUUUGCAUCCUAAUUCAAUGUACAUUCGGCGAAGCAAGGCUGAGCUUGCUAAGGCAGGACACUAUGCCAAGAUCAAACGGAAAGCUGCGGCGGCGGCGGCGGCCGCAGCCGCGAACCCUGCUGCCCCUAAACACCCCUUGUCGGCGUACAUGUGGUAUUUGACCGAGGUGCGCCCGGAAACUAUGCAAACUUACCCAGGGUCAACUGUGGGGCAGAUCAGUAAACUGUGUGCUGAACGGUGGAAUACCAUGACUGAGACAGAACGGCUGCCUUGGCAUACCAAAGCUCAGGCUGACAAGGCUCGCUAUGCUCGCGAAAUGCAGAUCUAUGCAUCCCAGCAUGAUCAUCCUAUGGGCCGAGGAACUCGGCAAAAGUACCGGGCUGCAGCUGCCGCUGCCGCUGCU